ACCCCUGAGCGGCUGCUCAUACCGACCUUGAUCUUGCCUGGAACAAAGCUUUGCUCAGCCAAUGACUGAUAAAUCACUGGAGCGUGCUGCAACUCCGGAGGAGUCUUGGAGCGAUGAAGGUGCCAACGAAGAUGGAGAAUGGUUGGUCGAAGGGAUCGUUGCAGAGGAAGUUGACUUGGAUGGAACCAAGAGAUAUGAAGUGCAAUGGGGAGGUGGAUGGAGUCGUCCUGACGGAACCAACACUACUUGGAUGUCAUCAAUUCCUGGCCGAGAGGAUCUCGUACAGACGUGGGACAGGAAGCAGAAGCAAAUGAGGAAGGAUCUCGCAAAAGUGGACUCAGCUAUACCGUUGCCUGACACUCUGUCGGUUCAUCUUUGGCGAACCGAGCUGCGUGCUCAUGCCUUCGAUGAAAGGAUGAGUAAAGUGCCAACAUCUCCCAGUGAACGCAGUGCAGCAGGGUGGGAUGAGGAAGUUGAACUGGCUCAGCAACUACCCCUAAAGAUGGAAAAUCGGGCGCUUCGCCCUCGCUCUCGCCCAUAUUCAUCGCCUGCCAGACAGUCUUCUAGCCACAAACCUCGAUCAAAAGAUGACCUAGCUGCAUCUCACCAUGAGUCUAGCUCAACUCCUUGCCGCGAGUCAUCUGUACACAGCCCCAGCAAUAGUAGUUCCAUACCUGCUGUAUCGCCUGGAUUGACUUCCUCCCCGAAAAGCCGACGUCAGGUAGUGCAGGAAAUGUGGAAUAAAGCUACAGAAAAAUAUCGGUGGAAGAAAGCCAUAGAAAAAGCUCCUGCGCCUGUGCUCAUUGUAAACGAAAUUGAUGAUGAGGAAGUGCCCCCAGGUUCAGAGACCUUCGAAUAUUUGGAAAAUAAUUAUUGUUGGGAACCAGACCUGGAUCCUCAUAUGAGUGUUGAUGAUGCAUUAUUCACAGCGUGUGAUUGUACAAUCUGCCAUGACCCCUCAAAGUGCGAUUGUCAAGUUCCAUCCGAGCUUAAGGAUGACCAUGGUCAGAAGAUCAGUGCAUAUUCUGAUGAUGGCUUAUUCUUGUUCCAUGUGCCAGGAGGUGUGGAAGUCCUGGAAUGCAACAAGUGCUGCAGAUGUGAGAUCGCUUGUAGCAACCGCGUUGCCCAGAAACCACGAGAUGUAGGGAUUGAGAUCUUCAAGACCUUGCAGCGUGGAUGGGCGGCGCGAGCAACUCAUGAUCUCGAGGUAGGAAAAGUUCUUGGCAUAUAUACAGGCAAAGUCAUACGACGAGGAGAUGUUGCCAGUUUGGACGCUAAUCAUUUAGACUAUGUCUUCGAUCUGGAUGGCAAAGAAGAUGAUGAUGGGGGCGAUGUGUCAGUUGAUGGGCGUUUCUCUGUCGACAGUUACAAUCAUGGGAACUGGACACGGUUUAUCAACCAUUCAUGUGACCCAAAUCUCGUGGUAUACUCAGUAGUUUAUGACACUAUACCUGAGCUUAAUGUUCCAUACCUGGCAUUUGCUGCGAAGGAUGUCAUUCCUGCAGGAACCGAGCUGACCAUUGACUACUUGGGGUCAUCUAGUGGUGAUGUGGAGAAGAGAAAUAUGUCUCAAGUACAAGCGUGCUUGUGUGGUUCUCAGAACUGCAGGGGCUGGUUGUGAAUGACGCCACGGUGACGCUGGUAGCUGAACAAUAGUUUGCGGACCUUUGUGGGCUAGGGUAGGUUAGGCUUACAUAGCUAUUUCGAAAACAAGAGUUUAUAGUCAUGAAGUACUAUGAGGUAGAUUGAUAUCAAGAACGACUGUCUUCUGAUAUAGGGGGAGACUAGACAGAUAUAGGUUGUGUUUUCGAC